GCCGCCCACCUCAGUGACGUCACACUGACGGCGCUGCUGAAGAAGGGCCCCGGCGCCGUGUCGGAGCUAGUGGCCCGCUGGCUGCUGUCGGCGGCCGUCGAGCCGGCAGACCUGGCGCCGGAGCCGGCGCCUGGCGGGGACGCCGGCGCGCGGGAGGCGCCGCCCGAGGACGCCUCGGAGCAGGCCGAGCCGGCGGUGGCCGCCGGCGAGUCGCCGCCGCCGCCCGACUGGGGGCGUGACAUCACCGAGCCCGACUCGGAGGGGGCGAGACGACGACAGCUGAUCGACGACGGUCUGUUACGGCUGGCGGCCAGCUUUCCGCACAGCGUGCGCGCCGACACGCUGCUGCUCAACUGCGCCUGGGAGGAGGCGGCCGGCUGGAACCGGCAGCGCGAGCGGACCGAUCGGCUGGCGCGCGCCGUCCAGUUCGCCACGCGCAUCAGCAGCGCCCACCUGCGAUACGGUGCCUGUAGCCUGCUGUGGUCUGCUCUGGUGAACCGGCCUUGUGGCGUCGUAGCCGAAGUGCUGCAGCGGAACGGCCGGCGGCCUGAUGACGUCCUCUGCCGCCGCGAGGUGCAGCUGCCGGCCCUCCAGCUGCCCCACAUGCUGAGGGCCUGCCGCAGCUUAAUGGAGCAGCUGGCCAAGGCCCUGAUCACCAGCGAGGUGGAGCGGCCGCCGGUGCUCUACAGCGACAACUUGUGGGCGGCCCACGCCGGCCCGGCCUCGCUGCUGGAUCUGGCCGCCCGCCAGCGGCCCUGCACCGACGAUGUCGCCGCCCUCCACAUCCAGAUGCUGGACGUGCUGUACGCCCAGGUGCAUCUCGACCUCAGGAGCGUGCACCCGUACAGCUGCUUCAACGAGGAGGACGGACCGGUGCUGUUCGGCGAGCUGACGGCGUCGUACAAGCUGCCGACGGCGACGGACGCGGGGGUGCGCGGCCGGCGUGAGACGCUGCUGCGCCGCUGGGUCACAGCCGCCGUCCAGCUGAUCGCGCAGCGGGCAGACGGACAGCCGGAGGUGACCCAGACGGUGGCCUGGGUGAGGCGGUGCCAGCAGCUGGCGCGUGGCUGGGGCUUCCCCGCAGACGUGGUGCGCCGCCAGUACACGCUGGACCUCUACAGCGGCGGACACGACCAGCUGGCGCAGGAGGUGCUGCUCAGCCUGUCGGCGACAGUCGGGCUGCCGUCGCAGCUGCUGCUGCUGGCCGGCGCCAGAGUGCGCCACCAUAUUCACAGCUCCAAGGACAUGAUCCAGCUGCUGGGACAGCUGAGCAUGAGCGUCGCGGACUUCAUGAAGACCGCGGACGUGCCUCUGCAGUGUCCGUCGGUGGGCCUGGAGCGGACGUUGGCGCUGCUGCGGCUCGUGGCGCGGCUGGAGCAGGAACACACGCACGAGCACCGGCUGGCGCUCGAGAUGGUCUACUUGGUCGAGUCGCUGCUGGCGGAAGACGGUCCGGGGCGCCGCUAGCGCCCCUAGCGGCCGUUCGUGGCAGUGAGCCGUGCCGGCGGUGACAGCUGGCGCUAUGGUGCAUCGCGUCAGGCGCGCGUCGGCUGGGUGUUGACACGGUCCGGUGCUCCAAGACACGCAGCUCUGGGACGGCGACAGCGGCUGGCUUCAGACAGCUGUGGUCCUCGGUAGGGUCCGCAGACAGCGGGCUCCCGGCAGUCGCAGUCUGUGGCCCAUUCACCGACGAGUCCGCCCCGCACGGCGGCAUGCGUGGCGCAUGUAGCCGUUGCGCGAGGGCGGCGCGUCCACGAGAGGUGGUGUGGACAGGGACGCUGCACCUUUCGAGGAGCUCUGCACGGGGUCUCUGACUGCGGCAGUCACGUGUUCGGCCGCCAGGCCGCGGCAGGAGUCGCGGUUAGUGCGGUGUGCGUUUUGCCUUGCUCAGCCAUUCGAGCCAUGUGUGGUGGGCGCGUGGGAUAAGGCUGUUGGCCUGGGUGCGUGGUUUGGUGGCAACAUCGCUUCCAUUUCUUGUGAUAGGGGUUGACAUGUAAGCUUUAUCUUGUCCUAAUACCUGCCUUUCAACAUAUGGUUAAAGGAAGUGUGUCACCCAAAUAUGUAUCCCAGUGAUCCAAGUACAUGAUAGAGGUGUGCAGAAUAAACAUGGAAACUUCGC